AUGAUUGAUGAGAUCUCUUCAGCCGCCACAACACAAAACAUGAUUGAUGAAAUCCCUUCCGCCGCCACAACAACCACCGUUAGCCAUCAUCAACAAGAUGUCUCACUUUAUGACGACGAGGGCCGCCCAAAACAAACAGGAACCAUGUGGAUGACCAGCUCAUAUAUAAUAACAGCAGUAAUUGGAUCGGGAACAUUAUCCUUAGCAUGGUCGAUAGCACAAUUAGGUUGGAGUGGUGGUCUUGUUGUUAUGAUCUUCGGUCUCCUCACUUUGUAUACUUCACAUUUUCUUGCCAAUUGUUAUCGUGGUGGAGACCCCAUCACUGGCAAGAGGAGCUACACGUACAUGGAAGCGGUUGAUACCAUUCUAGGAGGAAAAAAUUCCAUUUUUUGUGGGAUAAUACAGUAUUCAAAUCUUUAUGGAACUUCAAUAGGGUAUACAAUUGCGGCUGCCAUUAGUAUGAUGGCAAUCACAAAAACAAAUUGCAUCCAUUCCUCUUAUGGAAAAAAAACAUGUCAUGUUUCUGGCAAUCGUUAUAUAAUAUGGUUUGGGGCCAUCCAACUUGUAUUUUCUCAAAUUCUUAAUUUUCAUAAGAUGAGAUGGCUCUCAAUACUUGCUUCAGUCAUGUCCUUCACCUAUUCUUUAAUUGGUCUGGCUCUUGGAAUUGUUCAAGUUUCAGAAAACCGUGCAUUCAAGGGUACCAUAGCAGGAGCUGAAGCAGAAACACACGCCAAAAAAGUGUGGGCAAUAUUUCAAGCUCUUGGCAACAUAGCCUUUGCAUAUUCCUUUUCUGAUAUUCUCAUUGAAAUUCAGGAUACUAUAAAAUCUCCAUUGAAAGUAAGAGCAAUGAAGAGGGCUAUAAAUUUGAGUAUUGCAACGACCACAACAUUCUACGUUCUUUGUGGGUGCAUAGGUUACGGUGCAUUUGGAAACUCAACACCAGGGAACUUACUCACAGCAUUUGAUAAACCAUUUUGGCUCGUUGACAUUGCAAAUUUAACACUACUCAUUCAACUUGCCGGAGCAUACCAAGUUUAUUCUCAACCCCUUUUUGCAUUUAUUGAAGAACGGGCAACUAAAAAAUGGGAAAUACUUGGAAAAGAACACAAAGUUCAAAUCCCAUUUUUAUCCUCAUACAACCUAAACAUAUUUAGACUAGUUUGGAGAUCAUUGUAUGUUGUGGUAAGCACUCUUAUAGCAAUGUUAAUUCCGUUCUUUAAUGAUAUAUUGGGAGUAAUUGGGGCAUUAGGGUUUUGGCCCUUGUCAAUUUAUUUUCCAGUGGAAAUGCAUAUCAAGCAGAAGAAGAUCCCAAAAUGGAGUGGGAGUUGGAUUCUUUUGCAAAGUUUAAGUAUGUUUUGUCUGUUGGUAACACUUGCUGCUCUUAUUGGGUCCAUAGUUGGUGUCUUACUUGACCUUAAGACAUAUAAACCCUUCAGUGCAAGUUUGUAA